GCCGCCGCCAUAUUGUCGCUCUAUUUUGAUUCGGAGCGCAGGGAGCGCGGGGGGAGGGGGCCGGGAGCGGCGCGCGGCCCCAGCGGCGGCUCCGGCUGAGCGGGAGCGGCGCCGCCACAGGCACCGCGCGCACACCCUCGCACAGCCCGCACGCCCACCCCGCCCGCCGCCGCGGCAGCACGGACCCCCCUGCCCUCCUUCCUCCCACUCCUCCUUCCUCCGCCUCCUCCCCCCGCGGAGCGGAACGGCGGCGGCGGGAGGCUGCGGAGAGGGUCGGGUCGGCGGGGUCCCCCCUGCCGGGCGGAGGCGGCGGCGGCGCUGGUGGCGGUAGUGGCGGCGGUAGUGGCGGCGGCUGCUGCCGUGGUGGUGGGGGAGGCGGCGGCGGCGGAGGAGGAGGAGGAGGAGGAGAAGCGGCAGCAGGAAAAUGCUGGGGCAGAAGAGAUGAGUACUCCCUUUACUAAGGCCUAAAACUGCCUGUUGAAAAACAAUCCUGACCAGGCAAUAUACGAAUGGCCCAAGGAAGCCAGCAAAUUGAUAUUCAGGUUUUACAUGACCUGCGACAGAAGUUUCCUGAGGUACCUGAAGGUGUUGUAUCCAGAUGCAUGUUACAGAAUAACAAUAAUUUGGAUGCCUGUUGUGCUGUUCUCUCUCAAGAGAGCACAAAAUAUCUCUACGGUGAAGGAGACCUGAGUUUUACGGAUGAUUCUGGGAUUCCUGGACUACGAAAUCACAUGACAUCUCUUAAUUUGGAUUUGCAGUCACAGAACGUCUAUCACCAUGGAAGAGAAGGAAGUAGAAUGAAUGGAAGUAGGACUCUAGCUCACAGUGUUAGUGAUGGAAACCUUCAAACCAGUCAGUCCAACAAUGAACUGUUUCAGCAGGAACCACAGACAGCACCUGCGCAGGUUCCACAAGGAUUUAAUGUCUUUGGGAUGGCUAAUACAGUUAGUGCUUCUAAUCCAGGGCAGCAUCUUGGAUUUCACCUAGGCAGCAAAGGAGUAUCUAACUUAUCUCAACAAACACCCAGAUUCAACCCCAUUAUGGUAACUUUAGCCCCAAACAUUCAGCCUGGUCGCAAUACCCCAACGUCUUUGCACAUACAUGGUGUACCUCCUCCUGUACUUAACAGUCCCCAGGGAAAUUCUAUCUAUAUUAGGCCUUACAUCACAGCUCCUGGUAGUACCGCUCGGCAAACACAGCAGCAGCCAGGCUGGGCAUCUCAGUUUAAUCCCAUGCACCCUCAGCAAGUCUACCAGCCUUCACAGCCAAGUCCCUGGACUACUAUUCCUACAUCCAGUACUACGCCACAUACCUCAUCGCAGCACUCGACACAGCCAAACCAGCAAGGCCACCAGACUUCUCAUGUGUACAUGCCUAUCAGUUCUCCUACUACUCCACAAGCACCUAUGAUUCAUUCAUCUGGUGGCUCACCAUCUUCUGCUCAUAGCCAAUACAACAUUCAGAAUAUAUCCACAGGACCUCGCAAAAAUCAAAUUGAAAUCAAACUUGAACCGCCACAAAGAAACAGUUCUUCUAAGUUGCGUUCAACUGGCCCUCGCACCUCCACUGUUCCCUCUUCCCUCAACAGCCAGACAUUAAGUAGAAGUCAACCCACUGUUUACAUAUCGGCCAGUCCUCCAAAUACUGAUGAAGUGAUCACACGUGGUCAGCCCAAGGUCUACAUUUCAGCAAAUGCCACGACAGGAGAUGAUCAACUUGUGCGGAACCAGCCCACACUUUUCAUAUCGACAAAUCCUGGAGUAUCUACUACUGCUAGGAAUAUGUCUGGUCAAGUAAGCAUGGGUCCUGCAUUUAUCCAUCACCAUCCACCCAAGAGUCGAGCAGUGGGCAACAGCACCACUGCAACUUCUCCUCGAGUGGUUGUUACGCAACCUAACACAAAAUAUACUUUUAAAAUUACAGUUUCUCCAAAUAAGCCCCCUGCAGUUUCUCCAGGGGUAGUAUCCCCAACUUUUGAACCUACAAACCUUCUAAACCUUCCUGAUCACUAUGUUGAACCAGAGGGUAUCCAGCAUCUUACUGACCCUGUUUUAGCACAUGUGGAUAGGAUCAGUGAUGCACGGAAAUUGAGUAUGGGAUCUGAUGAUGCUGCCUACACGCAAGCUUUACUGGUACACCAGAAGGCCAGGAUGGAGCGACUUCAACGAGAACUUGAGGUUCAAAAGAAAAAGUUGGAUAAACUAAAAUCAGAGGUCAAUGAAAUGGAGAAUAAUCUAACACGAAGGCGCCUGAAAAGAUCGAAUUCUGUUUCCCAAAUUCCAUCACUGGAAGAAAUGCAACAGUUAAGAAGUUGUAACAGACAGCUGCAGAUAGACAUAGAUUGCCUAACCAAAGAGAUUGAUCUUUUUCAAGCAAGAGGACCACAUUUUAAUCCCAGCGCUAUUCAUAAUUUUUACGAUAAUAUUGGAUUUCUUGGUCCCGUGCCACCAAAACCCAAAGAUCAGAGGUCCAUUGUGAAAACACCAAAGACUGUUCCAGACACAGAUGAAGAUGAGGGAGCUCAGUGGAGUUGUACCGCCUGUACUUUUUUAAAUCAUCCGGCCUUAAAUCGCUGUGAACAGUGUGAAAUGCCCAGGCAUUUCUGAGCCAACAGGCCCAUUACCUUCUGUAGAACCAUAGCAAACGUACAAGGAAUUGUCCAGGCAUUGGGGGGCAAAAAAAGCAUUUAUGCAUAGGAUUUUGUAAAAUGGAAGGUGUGACAAGAUGGUGUUUUGCUAUUGUUAAAUGUCAGCCCACAGAGCAAGCAAUACCUCAGAGUUGUGUCACAGGCAGUUGGCGCUGAUCGGCUGAAGGGCAAUCUGCUGAGAGCCUCGCCAGCUGCCUGAACCAUGUACAGUAUUACAGUAACACACACCGUGUUCAGUGCCUGGGUGUUGCCCAUCCUCUUCUCUGCCCCGAUGUCACUACUGAAUUUGACAGGGGAAAGGAAUAGAGUGCUAGUGUUUUUGUUUUCAGAGCUUUCAGUGAAACACUACAUGCACAAAGGAGAUCUUAAAAGGAACAAGGUUUAAAUAUUUAAACUGUUUGCUGCCACAUAGUGCCUUUGAUAAAGGGAAGAACUUCACAAAUCAGUGGUACUCUUUGCCUUGUCUUCCCUGAAAACAUCUCUGUGAAGCCAGAAAUCAGUACAAUCACAUCUAAAGAUGAAAAGGAAAAACUGCAUGCGUUGUCUGUACAAUACACACAGUGAAAUACCCCAAAGCUUUUCCUACUGUACAUAGCUCUAGAGCUUGCUUUAAGUGAUUUCUUUUCCUCACCUUUAUUAUUUUCUUGUACUUCUGUAUGUAUAGUGUAAUAGUCUUUUUGUUAACUUUCUUUUUUUCCCUUUAAGUGAUUUAGCACGAUCAUGUCCCUUUUUUUAAGCUUUUAUCUGAGAGAAGCAAUGCCUUAAAAUAAGAGCAUUAGUAAGAAACUAUGCACAAAAUAGCUUUCCUCUGCUCGUUCUGUACAUUGCUCUUGUAAAUGCUGAUGAUCUGUGAAGACCUGCAGAUGCAGCGUGGUAAAAGUGCAGGAAAAGUUGGAAGAGUUAUGCAUAUAGUUCACUCUGUACACUGAGUUUUACGGUGGGUGACACAAAGGGAGCAUUUUGUCUGGUGUGAGGAAACUUUAUACUAGGAAACUUUCAACCCACCAACAGAUCAGCAUCCGAGUUAAGCUUGCUUCAUCUGCUGGGGGUCUUGCAGACUCCUGAAGAGAGAUUCAUUGGGGAAAUAUAUAAAGUGCCAAAAUCAACAGCAGCAGCAUCGUACGGCUUUGUUCAAGGACUUUAAAUGCUUUCCUGUUUUGGCAGCCAGUUUCUAAACAUGACUUUGUGGUGAAGUCUCAUAUUUAUAUAAAACAAGGAUAGCAAUAUUUAGGACAACUGAAAUAAAGGCUGGAAAAGAGAAAUCAAACAGACUUGAACACUGAAGCAACCUCAAGCAUCUCUUUUAUUUUGAUGAUCUAUUUUUUUAAGGAAAAUACUCACAUGAUCGGGGAUGUAUGUAACUGAGAUCAAGGAAAUGGAAUUCCAGUACAAUAUGCAUGAAAGACGGCACACAAAGAAUUAUGUAGCAGCAGCACUUAGCGUGAGGCUGGAGGGAGUGCUAACCAUGUAGCAAGAGACAAAGUAGACUGUCACCCACUGUAAACGUCUGCCAGUGGACACUUUUAUUAGGAGUUUUACAAGUGAUCUAUGUGAAUGCAUAGAGGCCUUUGUUUUGAAGGCUUUGCAAUUUUUUUUAUGUGGGAAGAAAAUGUCAAUCCCAGGUAAUUAGGCAGUAGACCCAAAGCACUUGCAUUCAACGCAUUUUGUUUAUAAAAUGAGGCCUUGUUUUUCAGCUUCAUCUGCAGUUCUAUGUGAAGAUUGACAAAUCAGUUUUUACCUGUUUAUUAAUAAAACUUAAUUUGGAUAUCUUGAGUUGAUGGUUUUGUGAUUUAGUUGGGUAAACUGCCUUUGUAACAGAUAAGUUAUUUAUAAAAAUUAAAAAAAAAUAUAUUCUAA